AUGAAGGCCGUCUUCGUUCUUGUCGCCGUCGCUCUUGCCGUGCUCUUCUCCUCCGCCGAGGCGCUCGACCUCGAAUGCGAAAUGUGCAAGAUGUCCGUGAAGAUUGUUGUGCCGAUGCUCGGCGAGGACACCGAAGACAUCAAGAAGGUUAGUACUUUCUUUGAGAAAAUGGAAGCCAAUUGACGAUUUGCAGGCCGUCGACACCGAGUGCAAGAAGGAGUUCCACAGCAUUCCAUUCGGAACACAGGAAUGCAAGAAGUUCGUCGACAACAAACUCGACCCCAUCAUCCACGAGCUCGAGAACGGAACCGCACCAAGCGACGUGUGUACCAAAUUGGGAAUGUGCUAG